UUGGGGACCCCCCCGCCCCCCCAGCCAUGGAGGAGGUGGACAAGAUCCUGAUCCACUCCCUGCGCCAGGCGGGGACGGCGGUGCCCCCCGAGGUUCAGAGCGUGCGGGACCUGACCCCCGAGCUGGUGGUGGAGGCGGCCGUGCGGUGCCUCCGGGCCGUGCGCCCCGCGCUCGGAGCCCCCCUGAGCCCCCUGCUGCCCCCCGGCAUCUCCGCGCGCUUCCGCCUCGCCUCCGACCUGGCCGCGGCCUGCCAGGAGCUGGGAUUUGGGGGUGACGUGGGCUACCAGACGUUCCUGUACAGCUCCGAGCACGACACGCGCCGCCUGCUCCUCUUCCUCGUGGAGAAGCUGCCGCGGGACGAGGGCGAGCGCGGGGCCGAACCCCCCGGGAAAUCGGGGGCGCUGCUCCGAGCCAUCGGCGCCCAGAUCCGGGAGCAGUUGGGGACCCCCUGGGUGCCCCCCGUGUGCCGAACGCCGCGGCUGCAGCGGCUGCAGGGUACAAGUCACCUGCACCCCUUCAGCACCUGUCCCCUGGUCCUGCCCCAAAGCGGGGGGUCCCCAGAGCUGCAGGAGUAUUUUGGGGGCGCCGCCCCCCCGGUGCCAGCGCAGCCCCCCCUUUCCUCGCAGGCCCCCCCGGCGCUGCUGGAGACCCACACGGCCCAGCUCAGCGCCCGCCACGACUGGGAGGCCGAGUGGGGGGGUCCCGGCCUGGCCUCCCGCCUGCCCCCCCAGGAAUACCUGGAGCGAAAGCGGCUCCGGGCGCGGCUCCGGGCGCUGGAGCCCCUGCGCCAGGCGUGUCCCCCCUGCCCCCAGGGACCGUCCCCGGGGCCCCCCCUGGACCCUGCCUGGCUCCAGGAGGCUUUUGGGGCUGGGGGCACCGGGGGGGCCCUGCCCAAGGGGUCCCGCUUCACCCGCACCCAGCACCUGACCCACCAACAGGACCCCCAAGUGCUGCUGCAGCAGAUCCAGGCGGCUGCCGAGACCCUGCAGCCCCCGAAGGGCCCCGAGGAGGACCCCCGCUCACGCCAGGCCAGCGAAGAGGCAGCGCUGGAGGAGACCCUGGCCCGGCUGGAGGCUGAAAUCGAGGGGUGCCGGGGGGAGAUCCGAGCGGCCCAGCUCAGCCUCAGCCAGGCGGAGGCCGAGGUGCGGCAGGGCCGGGGGGCUCUGGGGGGCCGCGAGGACGCGCUGAGGGUCAAGGCCAGGGCGGUGGAGCUGCUCCCGGACGCCCAGAACAACAUGGCCAAGCUGCAGCUGGUGGUGGAGUCCAGCAGCCGCCGCAUCGUCAGCCUGGCCGGGCAGUGGGAGCGGCACCGGGGGCCCCUCCUGGCCGAGUUCCGGCAGCUCCGCGCCCUCCGCGACUCCGCGCAGCGCGAGUCGUCGCGGCGCCUGGCGGAGACGCGGGCGCUGCUCCAGCGCAGCCGCGCGGCCGCAGAGGAGGCGCGGCGGAAAGAGACCCUGCACGCCCAACUGGUGGCCGAGCUGGAGGCGCUGCCCCGCGACGUUUCCCGCGCCGUUUACACCCAGCGCAUCCUGGAGAUCGUGGGCAACAUCCGCAAGCAGAAGGAGGAGAUCGGGAAGAUCCUGGAGGACACUCGGGCGCUGCAGAAGGAGAUCAACGCCCUGGUGGGGAAGCUGGAGAGGACGUUCAGCGCCACCGACGAGCUGCUCUUCAAGGAUGCCAAGCGGGACGAGGUGGUGAGAAAAGCCUACAAGUACCUGGCAGCUCUGCACGAGAACUGUGCCCAGCUGAUCCGGACUAUCGAGGACACGGGGACCAUCCAGAGGGAGAUCCGGGACCUGGAGGAGCAGAUCGAGGGGGAGACCAGUGCCAAGCUCCCGGCCAGCCUGGAGCGGAUCCUCGGCGACUGCCGGGCGCUGCGGGAGGAGAACGCGCUGCUGGCAGCUCGUGCCCGCCACGCCUGACCCCAAAACCGGGGGGAGGGACCCCAGAACCCCCCGGGAGGGACCCCAGAACCCCAAAAGCGGGGGGGCCCGGCGGGGUGUGGGGGAGCCCGCGGUGGGAGGGGAGAACGGCUCCUUUAUGGUUC